UCCAGGGGGCGCUGCGCCUCGCCGCGGUGAGCGCCCGGCCCGCAGCUACUUCCGGGUCGGACGGGGCAUGGCGAGGGACGGCGGCGCGGCGGGGACGGCCGCCUCCCGGGAGCUGCUGGCCGUGGGGCGCCGAGGAGGGCUGGAAGAAACUUUGUUGAUUAAUUCAAAAUGUAGCAGCAAAAAGGCCACAACUUUACAGACUGUUAAGAUGCCAAGGAGUAAUGUUUUGGACCGAGUACAGAGUUUUUUACCACAGAUGGCCCACGCAAAUGAUGAGCUAAGAAGAAAAAUGGUAACAGCACCAGCUCAUCAGUUUGAUAUUGAAAAUGUGGACAGUGCAACAGAAAAAGUUAUAGAAAUGAAUGUGGCUGUAGUUGAACUGAAUGAUUCUGAUAUAGAUGAAGACAUACUGACUUCAGAAGAUGACUCAGAAUCUGAAGAUGACUAUAUAACUGAUGAAGUGACAAUAGACAACAUUAAGUUUCCUAAACAAAAGGAAGAAAAGGGCAAAAUAGAAAUUUUAGAUAGCAAAGCAAAUGAGUAAAUCCAUUUUAUUUUGCGUAAAAAAAA